AGACCUAUUAGUAGAUGGAUUAGCCGCUACCACCGGACGUCAUUGUGUACUUGUAUGCACCGAGCGCCAUCUUGCAUCACCUCAUGACGGAACAAUCGGAUUUGGGAAAUGAAAGUGGACUCUCCACAUAAAUCAGAAGCUAGUAGAAGACACAAUAAGGUCAAUUUGAAAGUCGCUUCCCUUCCAGGAAGAAACGGAAAGUAAACACAAGACUGAUAAUAAAUCAGGACUUUGAGCUGUCCCAGACUGCUCCAGAUAAAUAACCAUGGCAGACUUCAGCGAUCUCAUUGUGCAAAUCGGAGACUAUGGGGUUUUCCAGAAGAAACUCUUGGUGCUGUGUUCUCUGCCGUCGAUCCCCUUCACCUUUGUCCUGAUGGGGGUGCUUUUUCUAGGAAAUACACCCAAUCACUGGUGCGCCAUCUCGGAGGCUGAGCGACUCCAGGAAGAGUGCGGCUGGACGGAGUCGGAGGUGAGGGAAGUCACUAUCCCCCGUUUGGAAGUGUCCUUGAGCCGCUGCGACAGGUUCGACUUGAACCUGAGUCAGAAUACUUGCGGUGACCUGGAGCAACUACUAGCGUCCGACGGGAACUCUGUGAUACCUUGUGAUGGGGGGUGGGCUUUCGAUCAAAGCCAUUCCACGAUUGUUUCUGAGUUCUCGUUGGUGUGCGAGCGAUCCUGGCUCGCCGAUCUCAAUCAAGUCACGAUGGCAUGUGGGCUAUUCAUCGGUGCGUUCAUCACUGGCUACAUGUCCGACAGGUUUGGCAGGAAGCCUUGUUUCAUUGGCUUCAUGAUUUGCCUCGGCAUUGCGGGCGUUGGUAUCGUGCUGUCACCGUGGUACCCGCUGCUUCUGGCAUUUCGCUUCCUGCAAGGAUUUUUUGAAAAGGGGGCAUGUGCAUCGUGCUAUGUUCUAUUGUUCGAGUUCUUCAGCUCAGAAAAGAGGAAAUUUGUGUCCGUGGUGUGCCAGUCAUUCAUCUCCAUCGGCAUGUUGAUCCUGCCUGGCUUGGCUUACCUUGUGCCCUCCUGGAGGACCCUGCAACUUAUCAUGAUACUACCCUCCUUCCUCUUCAUCCCAUACUACUGGAUUAUUCCUGAAUCUCCACGCUGGCUAUUCUCUCAAAAGAGGAACUCUGAGGCCAUGAGGAUUGUGUCCGAUGUGGCCAAGUGCAACGGGAGAAGAUUGCCGCAGAACUACCAAGAGAUGAUUCCUCUGGAGAAGAAAAAACAACAUCCUGUAUCUUUUCUGGACUUGUUCAGGACACCCUUCAUCAAGAGGAUCACGCUCAUUUUAAUUUACGCCUGGUUUUCCAGCGGUAUUGUGUUCUACGGCCUGAUUUUGAGCCUAGGGAUGACGGGUGACAAUCACUUUUCGGACUUCUUCAUGUCUUCUGUGGUGGAGAUCCCCGCGGGCCUCAUUUUCUACCUACUCGUGGACAGAAUCGGCAGACGCUCCCUUCUGGCUGGGACCAAUUUAAUCGGAGCCCUCGCCUGCCUGGCUGUGCCGUUCAUUUCCCCAGAGCUUUCUUGGUUGAAAAAAGCUGUGGCCUUCAUUGGGAGGCUCGCCAUUGCUACCACACUGAUGACGCUCAAUUUUGCCAACACUGAGCUAUAUCCCACCAUUCUGAGAAAUCUGGGCACAUGCGUGUGUUCAUCGGCCUGUGACGCUGGCGUUAUUGUGGCCCCGUUGCUGCUCUACAGGUUGGCCACCUUCCGGCAGGAGCUUCCCUUUUGUCUCUAUGGGGUUAUGUUGGUAGUCACCUGCGGCUUGGUGACACUGUUGCCGGAGAUGAAGGGAGUUGCUCUUCCCGAGACCAUCGAGGACAUGGAGACUCUAAGAUGGAAACAAAACCAAUCCAAGGAGGAAAACGUCUCGAUGACAUGACAAGAAAACGGCGCCUCAAGAAUAUUUCGGCAUCUUUCUGGAUUUCAAACCCUCUUGGGAUUUUGUUUAUUACUUUGACAAAUGGAUUGCCAGGCUAUUUUGGGAAAUUUCUUGGCACUUGGGCAAAGUCCUCCCAGGAAAAUAGUCCAAAUGAGCUUCAAAACGGCGAAGCUGUUUUGCCCAUCUGACGUAACCCCUGCAUCAAAGUUUGGCCGAUGAAAACAGGCUUGUGAGGGCCCACUCAUCUGCGCUUGGCACUUAAUUUAUUGUGUUUACGAGGCCUUUCCCUCCAGUGUUCUCAGAACAAAUUAGAAGGACAUUGAUGUAUGACAUCAUCGUUACUUUCUCCUUGUGUCUAUUUUAGAAGUACCAAUAAACUGUGAGAUGAAGCCCAACAUUUUCAGCAUUUACUUUUUCCCUAAAAGCCAGACAACAAUACCAGCGAUUGUUGAGGUCUGUUUGUAUACUGUAUAUCUAAUUGAUGCAUGUUUUGUUCAAGCUUUUGUCCCACUGAACGUUUACCCAGAAAAGACUGAGGGAGGCCAACAAAAGCUGCCCCACAUACGUCGGGUCAACUGAAUGGGACGACCUGUAUGCACUAACUUCGCGAAGAUCCCCGGUAUGCGUGAGAAGUGGGUUCCCCAUUAUAUAUAUAUGAAUAAAAAAAUAAUAAUUUGAGGGCGACUGAGAAAACAUUUGACAACGUGAGAGUCACGUGAUGAAAACAAACUAUGGUGGAACAUU